AUGUGUGGCAUGGCUGUUGAUGGCGAGUCUAUAGCCAACGGCGGACUUUUUAGCAAUGGUUUGCCUGGAGAUGGCAUUGGAGCACGAGCAAAUGAUGUGUUUUUGCCUGGAGAUGGGCUGAUGGAUGCAGAGGGAUACAUAAGAGGACAUGGAACGCAUAUAAGAGGCAAGACAAUCACAUCGACGUAUUUUGGAUGCAUGAAGGUUACAAACAAGUUGGUUACGGUGGAUCCUGCUGUGCCUCUGAAGUACUUGCCUCAGGUUGGGGAUGUGGUGAUUGGGAGAGUGUCUGGAAUCCAGAGCAAGAAGUGGAAGCUAGAGGUAAACAGUGCCUGUGAUGUAUGCCUUGGGCUUUCUGCAAUCAAUCUGCCUGGAGCAGUGCAAAGAAGAAAGCUUGAGUCUGACGAGAUUGUGAUGAGAAGUUUUUUUGAUGUGGGGGACCUGGUUGUUUCUGAGGUCCAGAAAGUUAGUAAAGGAGGAAUAGUAGCAUUGCAUGCAAGGAACGAAAGAUAUGGGAAGCUGUGCGAUGGGGUGAUUGUUAUAGUGCCGUGCUUCUUGCUUGAUCAGCCAAGAACAAGGUUUUUGAGUAAGAACGGAAUUGAUGUGAUAGUUGGAUGCAAUGGCUAUGUAUGGAUUGGUGCAAAGGACAAGCACAAGUCAUACCGUGAUGUAAGCUGCUUUGCAUCUAGUGUAAGAAGUGCAGUAGAGUCUGGGAUGAGGAUCGAUAUUGAAAGGUUGCUAUGCAACGGUGGUUGA